GCCUUCAAGGCCGAAGCGAAGGGGGCAGUCCUUGAAUAGCCAUUUCCUUCCUCCUCCUCCUCCCGAAAAAGAAAAAAAAAGAAAAAGAAAAAAGCAUGCAUUCUGCUGCUUGCUCGCAACAGCCGGCUGCUGGGACGCAAAGCUUGGACAAAGAUCUCUUGAUCAUAAGAUGUGAGAUGGCACCAUGUGAUUCACUCAGCAAGAUCUCUUUCUACCUCUUUGACAGAAAAAAGGAGCAGCUUAUGAGGCUUCCUAGCAAUCUCCAAGGCACCUCAUCAAAGCAACUGAGCUACAAUAAGCUGACAGGAAUUUCCUUUUAAAAAGCAAACAGACCAUGAAGACGUCUACGUAUUAACCUGUUCUUGAAUUCCAUUGUUGGUGAGAAUGAUGUUGCAGUUUUACUCCUGAGACGCUUUGCCACCACUGUUGGGUAAAUGAGAAGUGGUUGGGUGAUUAUGCUGACAUCCCAGCAUGCAUUUGGUCGACCUGUGGUUAACUCGCUCCCUCUCCAUGUGUCUGCUUCUACAAAGCUUUGUCCUCAUGAUACUGUGCUUUCAUUCUGCCAGUAUGUGCCCCAAAGGUUGCCUUUGCUCUCAUUCCGGAGGUUUGAAUGUCAGCUGCAGCAAUGCAAACCUGAAAGAAAUACCCAGAGAUCUUCCUCCUGAAACUGUCCUACUCUACUUAGAUUCCAAUCAGAUUACAUCAAUCCCAAAUGAAAUUUUCAAGGACUUGCACCAAUUGAAAGUCCUCAACUUAUCCAAAAAUAUCAUUGAAUUUAUAGAUGAGCACUCCUUCAAAGGGGUGGCAGAAACCUUGCAGAUGCUAGACUUGUCAGACAACCGGAUUAAAAGCGUGCACAAAAAUGCUUUUAACAACUUAAAGGCCAGGGCUCGAAUUGCAAACAACCCUUGGCACUGUGAUUGCACCCUGCAGCAAGUCUUGAGAAGCAUGGCUUCCAACCAUGAAACAGCCAACAGCGUCAUCUGUAAGACCUCCGAUUUAGAUGAACAUGCUGGGAGGCCGUUCCUCAAUGCAGCUGAUGCUGACCUCUGUAAUCUUCCUAAAAAGACAACUGAUUAUGCCAUGCUAGUCACCAUGUUUGGCUGGUUCACCAUGGUGAUAUCCUAUGUAGUUUACUAUGUGCGGCAAAAUCAAGAGGAUGCACGCCGGCACCUGGAGUACUUGAAAUCGCUGCCGAGCAGGCAGAAGAAACCAGAUGAAGCAGAUGACAUUAGCACUGUUGUAUAAUGCCCCCAAACCCAGCGACAGACUGAGGUGGCUGCUAGGUAUGGAUAGCACGGAUGCCAGCUGUUUACUUCUAACAUUUGUGGUCAACAUGUUAAGACUUUUUCCAAUUAAACUGAAUUCUGCCACUGUCAACCUUUCUUAAAAAAAAGAUUUCUGUUUUGGGAUGAUAACAGUACUCUUUUAUUGUUUCUCUGGUGGUAUUCUAAACCAAGUGAACUAAUAUGUAAACAUUAGUUUAGACCCAUUCCACUCUUUAAUA